AUGCGCACAUGCACCGGCGAGGUCUCGGCUCAACAGGAAGUUGAGUCUCGAGGUGGUGAUGAUUCUCGGUAACGGAGCCUUCAGGCAUUUCUGGGCAAUGGGCUUGAUUUUCUGGUUCUAUUUCCAUUCGUUCCUUUAACUGUGCUUUCGUAGCAGAGCCAGAUUCUGAGGGGUGUUGCAUCUGGAGGAAACGUAUCGACUGCUCGUUCAUUGCCAUCGUUUAAAGUAAAGUUCAUGUCAGUCUUGACACAAAAGCAAAACAUCACGAAUACUGGAAACUCUACAGAAAACUUAGGAAACACACAACAGGCGUCUGCGGAGAAAUAAAAAGAACUAAAGUUUCAGAAAAUCAUUCAGGAGAACUCAAAAACUGCUUACCAACUGCCUGUCUGAGGAAGACAUUUUGAUACCAUUGUGACAACACCCCUCUGCAAGAGAAAUAGGACAGAACACAUUUAUUAUAGUGUCUCUGGACAGAAGAAACUUUAAUGCUAUGAAGUUCAGAGGAAUCUUGCUUGAAAUUGGGAUUUGUUUAGUAAGGCAGAGUUCUCAGCAACGGCGCCAUCAAUUCUUGUGCAUCAGUUAGUAGUUCGUAUAUCAACCGGACCUUUAUUCUCUUCUGAUGGUUUUUAACAGUUUCCAACACAGGAUGGACUUCAGUGAGGCAUACUCUAAUACUUGUUCAGCUGCUGGAUUUGCUGCAAAAAAAGGAAAUGUAGAACUUUUGAAAACCUUGAUUCAAAAAGGUCAUAGCCUUGACAUUGCAGACAACCGUGGUUGGUGCCCAAUCCAUGAAGCUGCAACUCACAAAUCUUUGAGAUGUUUGAGACUCUUAAUUCAUGCAGCUUCUUCUGCUCAGUACAUAGAUUUAAAGACUUUUGAAGGUGAAACAGCUCUACAUCUUGCUGCAAAAUGUGGCCAUUUAAAAAUCGUUCAGAUUCUGCUAAAGGCUGGGGCAAAUCCGAAUGCCAUCACAAAUGAAAACGUAACACCACUUUUUUUAGCGAUUGAGAAAGGUGACAUUGCUGUUGCAAAGACUCUUUUAAAGCAUGGAGGAAGAAUUAAUGGGCCCCAUUCUGCGUGUUUAUGGAGCGUUCUACAUCAGGCUGCUUAUCAGGAACACUUAGAAAUACUGAAGCUCUUGCUUGAAAAAGGUGCUGAUAAAGAAGCCAGGGACGAUUAUGGAAUUACACCAUUGUUUCUUGCUGCUCAGUAUGGAAAACUGGAAAGUAUAAGAGUUCUUCUGCAACAUGGUAGUGAUGUUAAUUGCCAGGCCUUUGAUAAGGCCACACCUUUGUUUAUAGCAGCUCAGGAAGGCCAUGUAGAAUGUGUUGAACUGCUGUUGUCAAAUGGUGCUGAUACAAACCUUUACUGUAGUGAAGAUGAUUGGCAGUUGCCCAUUCAUGCUGCUGCCCAGAUGGGGAAAGUCAAGGUAUUGGAAUUCUUGAUACCAAUCACUGAUCGACUAUGUGAUACAGAAAGGAAUAAAGUGAGCCCAGUCUAUUCAGCCGUGUAUGGAGGACAGCAAACAUGCUUAAAAAUGUUACUACAGGCAGGUUACAGUCCCGAUGCCCAAGAGUGCCCAUUGUAUGACUGCCUAUCACCAUUGUGCAUGGCUUUUUCUCGGAGGUUUUUUGCACUUGUUUACAUCCUUCUUAAAGCUGGAGCUGUUGUAACAGGUCUUCAUUAUUGUUAUUGCCUGCAAUAUCAGUGCUUCCAUCUGCUGCAGUUUCUUCUGGCACAGGGUUAUACAUUACCAUCAGGCACUCAUUUGGCUGAUAUUGUAAAAUAUGGAUUAUUAUCAGGACAUCAAUACAAGCAGUGGUUGCCUCACCUAUUACUAGCUGGAUUGAAUCCUGUUGAUUUGCUUAGUGAAGUGUGGUUAAAUACUGCCAAUGAUAACAUGCUUAACUUUACACUUGAAUUUACAAACUGGAAGAGGCUUCCUUCAGUUGUGGAGCAGAUUCUUUUCUGUCGUAGAGCAAACUCCACUUGGAUUCAUCAGAAAUAUUUUGAUGAUAUUCCUUCGUUGACACACCUCUGUCGUUUAAAAAUUCGAUCAACUCUGAAAAGUGAAUUCCUUCGUUCUGAUAAAUUUAUUCGUCAAUUACCACUCCCUGUCUGUCUGCAUGAUUUUCUUCUUUAUAAAGAAAUAUUGAAAUUAUAUGGCAUUCCAGAAACUUCAGAGAUUCCAGAAGAGAUCCACAGUGAAAAUAAUUACAUAUAAUAUUCAGAAGACUGAUUAUAGCAAACAUCUGAUGUGUAUAAGAAAGAAGAAAAAGAAGUGAUGAAUAGUCUGCAGCAAAAGUUCAUUUUCACCAUUGCCAUUUGAAGAUGUGAAAAACAGGAUGGCUUGGACGACCAGAACAGAAUUAUUCGAUAUAAAAUAUAACUGAACAAAGGAAAUAGAGUUGGUGACUGACCUUCCAAGCAGAGAGAGUUCAGACACAGAUUGUGAUGAGACGAAGAAAUGAAACCAGUUACCUACUGGAGAUUCCUUUCCCUGACUUCACUUUGCUCCUGAUCAUUUAUUCAGUACCACUGUGCAAUGUAUUAAACUUAUUUCACCGCUGCUUUAUUUAAUUAAAACUGUACGGAAACAUUUUCAUAAA